AUGAAGUGUGGUUUCCGCUGGAGCCUGUGUGGUUGUGUGGUUGUGGUGUUGCAGACCCAGCGCAGAGAGAUGCUGCGGGGCUGCUGGCUGCUGCUACUAGCGCUGACUGGCUGCGAGGGCAACCACCGGCCCCACAUCGUCGUCAUCAUGGCCGACGACCUGGGCUGGAACGACGUGGGCUUCCACGGCUCCGACCAGAUCCCCACGCCCAACCUGGAUGCGCUGGCCUACAGCGGGGCGGUGCUGAACAGCCACUACACUCUGCCCACCUGCACUCCCUCCCGCACUGCCUUCCUCACGGGCAGGCACCCCAUCCGCUCAGGUAGGCCGAGCCUGGGUCCGGCCACGACAGCCUCUGUAGCCGGAGCCGCCAACUCGUCUCCCGCGUUGCGAGUUCCCAGCAACUCGCUCAGGCCCAGCUCGCGGACCGCUCCCACGGCGAUCCCUCCGGCCUCCCGGGGAGGGCGGGCAAGCCCCGGUCAGCUCCAGGUCAACUCGCCCGUCGUCACAGAGGUUCCUCCGCCGGUCAUGGUGCGGGUCUCAUCCAGCCCAGAACUGCUCGGUCCCUCUCGGGUCUGGCAUGAAGGUAUCCCACUGCGGGCAGGUGAGCCCCGGGGAAUCCCCCUCAGUGAAACACUGCUGCCGGAGAGACUGCAGGACCUGGGCUACGUCACUCGGCUAGUGGGCAAGUGGCAUGUGGGCAGUCACCAGACCCGCUACCUGCCCACACAGCGUGGGUUCGCCUCUCACUUGGGCUAUUGGUACGGUUAUGUGGGUUACCGCGACCACAACAUACAACAGGUCACAGGCACCAAGAUGCUGAGUGGGCUGGACAUGCACCGCGACCUAGCGACGGCGCCAGAACUACGAGGCCAGUAUGCCACAGAUGUUCUGACACGCGAGGCUGUGCGUAUCGUGGCCACGCACAACGCGUCGCGGCCGCUGUACCUGCAAGUGGCGCACCUGGCGGUGCACAGCGGCAACGACAGUCUGCGGCUGGAGGUGCGCGACGAACGAGACAACGACCAGCGCUUCGGGCACAUCCAGGACUCGGCCCGACGCCGCUACGCUGGGAUGGUGGCAGCCCUGGACGACUCGGUGGGCGCAGUGGUGGGGGCCCUGGCGGACCGUGGGAUGCUCAACGACUCCGUGCUGGUGUUCUUGUCAGACAACGGCGCCCAGACACACGGCCUGCACGCCAACAGCGGCUCCAACUGGCCGCUGCGUGGGCUGAAGUUCACGGUGCUGGAGGGCGGGGUGCGCACCGUGUGUGCGGUGUGGAGCGCCAGGCUGCAUCGCCCCGGCAUGGUGUCCUCGCAGCUCGUGCACAUCACCGACUGGCUGCCCACGCUGUACGCAGCAGCAGGAGGAGAUGUGUCCAGCCUGGGUGAGAUCGACGGGGUGGACCAGUGGCCAGUCAUCAGUGGGUCGGACGGAGCGGCGUCCCCGCGAGAUGAGGUCCUGCUGAACAUCGACACAGUCGAGGGCACGGAGGGCAUCAUCUGCGGCCGCUGGAAGCUGGUGCGCGGCUCGUACCGCGGGGGCGUGUACGACGGCCACUGCGGGGCGAGCGGGCGCGAGGGGCAAGCCCCCGGAUACGACGUGGAGGCAGUGCUGCAGAGCCGAGUCGCGACGGCCCUGGCGUCCCUGCGGCCGGGCUGCGACAGGGACACGGUGCUCCGGCUGCGGGCAGAGGCGACCGUGAGGUGCGAGGUGUCUCCCAAGACUACUCCCGGGCCUCUCUGCAACACCACCUGCCUCUACGACCUGCAGGGGGACCCCUGCGAGGUGAACAACGUGGCGGCGGACCAGCCCCGUGUCGUGGCAGCCCUGAGCGGGCGGCUCGACUGGUUCCGGACGCUCGCGGUGGGGCAGCUCAACCAACCCGUGGACCUGAACAGUGACCCUGCGUUGCACAAUGGCUCCUGGUGGCCCUGGCUGGACGAGUAGUGGGCGUGAACUCGCUAUCCGACAACAUCCUCUUCGUAAUAACACUCUGAUGCACCCACUCACUGUGCAUGUCCUCAACAAUUAGCAGAUUUGAAAAUUUCAUACAGCUAAGUGCAAAUUAAUCAUGUUCGCAGGCUUUCACGGCCAUUCUCUGAAGUAGCUUGGCUUCUAGGUUGUAGCUGCGUCCUUGGCAAAUAAUUCACCAACGUUUCGGUCGCCAUUGCAGUCGCCAUCAUCAGGGAGCAGUUUUUCUGCCUCUAUAUACUCUCGACUGGGGGGGAGGUGCUUCCUGAUUGGCUGCAGCUGUGGGCCAAUCAGAGCCUUCCUUUGUUCUGGUUGGCUGGGCUGUUUUGCCAAUCAGGGGCGAUCUAUCUUAUGUUGGAUGUGGAGCUAUGUUUUGAGAAUUUCUAAAGAGUGGGUUCCAUAUUUUGCUUAAUUUGUAGCCAUCUUCUCUAUUAAUGUUUGCUGGGUGUUUUAAUAUUUCUACUGAUUCUCGAAUGUAUCUUUUCUUGUAUUGUCGGAUGUUGGAUAUGGUGUGGAAUUGGUCGAUUAUGGCGACUACAAUGUCGACUGAAACGUCGGUGAAUUAUUUGCCUAGGACACGGCUACAACCCAGAAGCCAAGCUACCUAAGUGAAAAUUAUUGCAAAUUGGGCAUUCUCCAUUAUAGGACUCAAGUGUAUCUAAUUGCCAAAGGUAACUGCUUCAGCGAUAAACAGCUCUUGGAAACCUA